AAAGUAGCAGCAAACGCUCAGACGGUGACAAAAGCUGCGCGAAAGGAGCAGGCUGUACUAGUACUCGCUGCACCGAAAAAUACUUGGCUGUGGAGAAUCACGACGCCCUCUCCUCCACCUAAGCCCUCACCCGCCUCGACUCAAUCGAAGUCGGAGCUAUUAGGAUUACCUCGAUUCACAGCAGCCGACGUAGGUGUCGGGGAAGAUUGGAGUCAUUCAAACAAGCGAAGACAGCACGCGAGGAAAGAAAAAAUGCAGCGUGAUUUGAAGUGGACGUGGACGCUGCAGGCCGCGAAGAGGGAAGUUGCAUGA